UCCUCCGCCAUUCCCAUUCAAAUUUCGGUCCUUCUCACGUAUGCGCCACGAUACAACCGAUAUAAACAUCGUGUUGACGAGUAUAUAUAUCAGUAAACCAGCGAGCUAUGAAGUCGACUACAUGAGCUUUGACAACCGCAAGAUCAUCUUUAGUUUUCACAUUCUUAGCACGCUUAAGACUCUACUCUAGUCCAAUCUUCUCGACGUUCCAAGAUGAAAGCGAUCGCUGCGUUAGCUGGCUCCGGCCUCAUCACCCUCGUUCACGGUCACGGGUACCUAACCAUCCCAGCAAGCCGCACUCGUGAAGGAGCGGAGUCUGGAGGGGAUACUUGUCCAGAAUGCACGAUUCUCGAGCCGGUGACAGCUUGGCCGGACCUCGAUGUGGCAACGGUUGGCCGCUCAGGCCCUUGCGGGUACAACGCCCGCGUGAGCUUUGACUACAACCAGCCAUCGGCGAACUGGGGAAACGACAUCGUGGCCACGUACUCUCCCGGCCAGAUCGUCGAUGUUCAGUGGUGCGUCGACCACAACGGUGACCACGGCGGAAUGUUCGCGUACCGCAUCUGCCAGAACCAGACUAUCGUCGACAAGUUCCUCGACCCUAGCUAUCUCCCUACCGACGACGAGAAGCAGGCUGCCGAAGACUGCUUCGAGGCGGGUCUUCUCCCUUGCACUGACGUUGACGGCCAGGACUGCGGAUACAACCCCGACUGCACCGAGGACCAGGCGUGCUACCGAAACGACUGGUUCACGUGCAACGGAUUCAACAGCGGCGACCAGACCAAGUGCCAGGGCGUCGAUAAUUCGGCGCUGAACUCCUGCUACACAAGCAUCUCGGGAGGCUACACAGUCACCAAGAAGAUCAAGAUCCCAGACUUCGUGUCCAACCACACGCUGCUCUCGUUCAAGUGGAACUCGUUCCAGACGCCUCAGGUAUACCUGUCGUGCGCGGACAUCGCCAUCGCCGACGGCGGCUCCGCAUCGACAUCGACCACGACCAGGCGAUCCACCACAGCAACCAGUUCGUCCCCGGCCCCCGCAACCAGCACCACCGCCGCGUGUACCGCCGCGGCUAGUAGUAGCGUAUCACUGACAUUCAACCAGGCCGUCGUAACAUCGUACGGGGAGACCAUUAAGCUCGCGGGCUCGAUCCCCGAGCUCGGCAACUGGGACGUCGCGGCUGCGCCGGCCCUGUCGGCCGCCAAGUACACGGCUUCCGAUCCCGUGUGGACGCUCUCGCUGAGCCUCGCGCCGGGCCGCGCGUUCGAGUACAAGUUCGUCAAGGUGGCGAGCGACGGGGCUGCUGUUACGUGGGAGAGCGACCCGAACCGCUCGUACACGGUGCCGAACUCGUGCGGCUUAUCUGAGAUUGCUGUCGAGGGAACUUGGCGGUAGAUUCUA